AUGGCAUACUGGCCACACAUUCCCCCUUGUACGUUCUGUGAAUGGUUUACCCAUGCAUGUGUAAUUGCCACGGAGUCACUACCUGGUGUCGGCAACAACUGGUUUGACAGUAUUGUGGCUAGCCCUGAGUCAAACACUCAUGCAACUGUUCUGCUUCUUCACUUAUCCUACCCCCAGCUGGCCUUCAGUCUUUCAAGGUGGGAGGAAAGCGAGAUAGUGCUGGGAUUUUGUGCUGGUGCAGAGACAGCUGCAUCGUGUUCAUCCCUUGACAGCCCCACUUCCCCUCCGCCAUACCCAAGGUGA